AUGGCUCGUCCGAAAACACCGGUGAACGCGAAGGCGCAAAGCAAAUACGCGAAAGGCGAUCGAGUCUGGGUCUUCUACGAUGUUGAAUGGGAAUUAGGAACAGUGAACGGCCCUGGAGGAUCCAGCGAAAGCUCUGGGCGUUACGAGGUGGCGCGAGACGCGGAUAAACCGAAUCCGCUUGUGUUCGAUACAUCGAACAUUAGAAAGAAAUGA